GACAGUCGUGUUUUGAUUUUUUCGUGAGAAAGGUGUAACUUUUUAUCUCACAAAAAAAUGUAUUAAUCGCCGAUAAUUCUUAAAUAUUUCUUUUUAAUUUGUAUCUUGACCAUUUAAUGUGUCAUUGUGUGUGUUGAAAAAAUGGAAAAACUAACAAUUGCAGGAACAUUUCAGAAAUCUGUAGAGGCUCUCAAGAAUACAGUAUGCAGCCAAAAAGAUAAACUCCACCAUUUCAAUCAACUCAGUGAAUGUAUCCAAUCACCACAUUUUCAUGUCAACCACUUCUUGCACACCAGCACAGCAAUCAGUGUCCUCUUGCUCUUUUGUGAGGAUACUGAUCCCACUGUUCGCAUGAAUGCCGAGGAGAACCUUUGCAAGAUUAUACGAUACUGUGAGAAUGGAAAUAUUCCACGUGUGCAAGUAGAUCUGUACCAUGAAAUCAAGAAAAACGGCAAUGAGAGAUCCCUUCGCAUCUGCCUCAACAUCUUCAGUCACUAUUGCCCUCAAAUUAAACAACGAAAAGCUCGGUCCUAUGCUCAGAAUCUUCUGCAAUGCAUAGCUGCUAUUGCAAGGAGAAAAGAGACACUUCUCCUUGAAGCUCUCAUGGAUUUUAUAAAGGUCUUCUGCGAGUAUCUUCAGUGCAAUGUUAUGGACAAUGAGUUGGUGGUUGUUCUACAAAUUUUUCUUGAUGACUUGUCAUCCGGAUGCGCUGUAAAAAGGCGUUGUUCUGCUCAGAAUCUCGUGACAUUCAUUAAACAUUCGAGGAAGACCAGUGAACUGGCUGAUUUGGCCCUCUCCAAAGCUCUAGAAAUAUUGGUAAAAAAACCAUCUUCAGAGGCUACUGUUGGCGUCUUGGGUUUUAUUCGGCUAAUAAUUCCUGUUCUUCCAUCAGAAAAUGACUGUGAUCUCUCAAAAUUGCUAGAAGUAUAUGAAAUUUGUCUGGGAUAUCUACAGGAGGGAAAUCACAGUAUUAUUAAUGCAUCUCUCGAAGUCCUUAAUAUGAUGACCUCCAAUCCGCCUGUAAAAUGGCGGCAGAUCCUGAUAGAUACAGAACUGGCGUCUAAGGCGGUUCUCCUUAAGAAGCGUGGACUCAUUAAGUCCUUGGAUGUUGUGGAAGAAGGAACAAGUCCAGAACAAUUGGUGAUUGAGCAGAGUCCCGAUGAAGAAAAUAUCCAUCUGAAGGCAGACCUGUUGUGUGAAUCAUUGGAAAGCACUUCUCUACUUGCAGGAAUGUCUGAUGUCGAAUCAGAGUCAUUGCAGAGUAUGGACAUUAAAACAGACUUCACAGAGUCAGGCACCGUAGCCAGUGGACAGAAUCCUGAUGGGAAAUCGUUGAAAAGCCAAAAUUCAACAGAUUCUAUUGGGUCAUUCUUCAAUUCUCUACUCACAAAUCCUUUACCAAGUACCACAGAGACGGUGACAAAUUUUUUCCGAGGACAGAAAUCAAAUGAAUCCUCAGUCACAAAUACUCCCAAGAUUGUCCCACGAGUCUUAGAAGAAGCACCUGAUUCUUCUGAGUAUGAGCAUAAGAAAUCAGAAAAUGCAGAUAAAGUCGAGGUGAAAAAUAGUCCUGUUGUUGUGAAAGAGGAGGAUGAAUUGAUUCUCGAGUACGAAGCUUCCACAAAUGAUGCAUUGCUCAGUGAAGUGAAUGUUGAGAUCGGUACAAUAUUCGACCAAUCAGUAAUUUCUUACACUGUUCGCCUAAUUGCUUCGAAAUUUAUUCUAAGCGGCGAGAAAGGAGGUUUUCUGUCAGACCAACAAGUGAGAGUAUCUAUAAAAAAUCUGUCAUUGACGGUAAUUGCCAACUGUAUAUUGCUAUCACCGCAGACUCUAGUGCAACCUCUUGAGAUGGAGUCGAGGAAUGAAUUAAUAAAAAUUGAAUUGGAAAAAGCCACAGAAGAAAACGAAGUUGAAAUGGCAGAAACGGAGCAUGAGUCGAAAGAGGAGAAAAGUGUCGACAGUGAAGGGUAUCUGGAGAUGAAGGAUGAUCAUUUUGGGAAAAGUGGAACGUCAUACAAGGAUUAUUUCACACCAUUAGCAAAAAAUGUCGACAAUACUCUCCUUGGUCAGCUGGAAUCAUGGACAAUGCCAAAAGUGAAUUUAGCACCAAAAAUCAAUAGAGAUUUGAAUGCACUGCUAACAAAGGCCAGUGGACAAUUAAAAUUAUCCACUACACCAAGUAGCUCAACACCUCGAAAAUUGUCGCCAAAAGCAUCAAAUAUGACCCAGUAUCUAACUGAUAUCCUCCAACUGCAUUCACAUCCAGAUCCAAUUAUUCGAAGUGAUAUCAUACAAAUUGUUAGUAACUUUGUUAAGUGCUUGAGUUGUGGUUUAGUGAAAUACGACCAAGUUGUGGAAGAUGUGAGCGAGUUAUUGAAAUUUCCAAAACUCAUCGAAAUUGUUUUGCAGGGAUUAUCUGAUGAAAAUCAUGCUGUUGUUCGUCAAGCUCUCGCUGCAACAGACAAUAUUCUCCCCUACUGGCUUUUGUGUGGUCUCCAUAAUACCCCGAAUGCCACAAUCCACGAAAUCAUUUCAGUGAAUCGUUAUUUAGGAAGUUUGUUGGACAUUAAUGAGAUUAAAUACUGGACAGUACAGUGCAAGUACAGUGAAGUGUUGGCCAAUUUGGAUUUUCGUGCAUUACACAAAUUACUGGGCCAUGAUGUUGCUGCUGAAUUUGAGACAAUAUGCCUUGAGCACAUAAUCUCGAUGCUAGGCGAUGAGGAUGGUCGAAUAAGGAAUGCUGCCGCCAAGUCUCUCUCACAGUAUGUACUAAAACAGAGUCCCAGGAGAACUUCCAAUGAACCUAUAAAUAGUAUGAGAAAAGAUAUUUGUAGUAGAAUUCUGCAAGAACUGCCACCUGAACUGAAUACCAUUGAAUUGGGAGGAAAUGGUGAAAUUGAUCCAAUUCUCGUGAAGGUUCUCUACAUUCUGAGCAAUAAAUUGAUCAGUACUAGUCAUAGAGAGUCAAUUGUGGGUGUAUUGAGUGCAAUCAAAGAGCUUUCGUGUAACUUUAAACCGGGCAAUUACUACAGUGCGUGGAAUGAAUUCAACUUUCUGGGUGUUGUGAUUAAAUAUAUUCAAGAAAACCCAAUCACAAUUUACGACUUAACGGCUCACAGUGAUGCUUUAGAACUAUGUACAUCACUAUUGGCCGCAAAAGCUCUCCAUGGUGACACGGACGAUGUCACAGAAGCCCUGUUAAUCCACUUAUUGAAAUUGAUUAAUGUCUAUCAUCACAUAUUUACUGCUACAAAGGUGAUUACAUUGCCCAAAGGGCAAAAGAGUGACAUUUUUCUCAGUGGUAAGGAUAUCAUGAAAUUGAAUAAUUUGGGAUAUUUUGGGAAUGAUUUUGUAUAUGUAAAAUUAUACAAAAUGCUUAAGAUGGCAUUUGACUCCAGGAAAAUCACAAUUGAUCGGGAGGUGAGUGGGAAAAUGAUGAUUUUACUUGGUAGUUGUCUCAAAGCGCUCACUCUUGUAUUUGAUAUCAAACCAAUGGUAUCCAUAAGUCAAUCGACAUCCACCAUUGAAGAAAUUCUCACGUAUCUGAUGAGCUGUGUAAAUUAUCAGCCCAAGUGGUGUGUGCUGUGCACAAAGCAUAUGCUAAGGCAUUUCUUUGAUAGAAAUUUUGUGACACGUCGCAAUGAAUUUCGCCAAGUUAUGUACACCUGCAGCACUAUGAUGGAUAUUCGAGAUGUAGAAAAUAUUCUCACGUGUGUUAAAGAGUUCACUGGCAUGGAGAAAAAAACACUUCCCUAUGAAGAUGUUGGGCACCAUUUGAAGAUUUUCGAACCAAUGGUCAUUCACAGUCUAAGACUAUUUAUGAAAGCCAAUUCAUCUCUACAAUCCAUCAUUCUAGAACUGCUGUGUCAAUUGCUUGACUUUAAAGUCAAUUAUUAUCUAUUGGAUGCGAAUAAUGUGUUUAUUGAAUAUAUCCUGAGGCACCUGGAGAUCAUUGAGACGGGCUGCGUGAGAAAGUGUGAAAUGGUCAUUUGCAGCAUCUUCAGAUUUCUCUUUCAUUUGUGCAAGCAGUCCAAGGAAAAGAAAAUUAUUACAAUCCCAAAGAUAAUUAAUAUUACGGAUAAUUUGCUGGCCAAUAGUAAUAUAAGGAUUUGUAGUAUUCGUGCUCUUGUAGAAUUGGGCCAUGAAUUGUUCUUCAAUUGUGCACCGAGUCCACCAAAUCAGGGUGGUAAGGGUGAAUGGAAUACGGAGAGGGAGGUGGUGUUCACGAUGAUGCUAAAAUUUCUCGAUUACGCACAAGUCCAGCGUGCUGUAGCAUUAAUUGUACUGUCACAGAGAAAUAUGGAUAUGUCCUAUGAAAUAGAUGCCUUUUCUUAUCUCAUGACACUAUUCAGGGAUGAAAAAUUCACAAUUGAUUGUGAGGAAAAGUUCAAUGGUGUGACUUUAAUGUUUCAUGCCCUGCAGCGAGCACCGCCGUCAGUGAAUGAGGAAAAAUUGGCGGAAUUUCUCAGGAUCUUCCUCGAGGCGUGCACAUCACCUGGAAUCCAUUACAACAAGUUGACAAGAGUUCACCUCCUUUUCUCUCAUGUUAUUUUGAGUGUGGACGAAGUUUGUUUGAUAAAUUGCAUAAAAGUGCAUUUAGUCAAGAUGAAGUUAGUUGGGAUGGAAAAAGACAGCAGGACGAAAGUGGAAGAUGAAGAUGGUUGGGUGUUAGAUUAUUUUGCUGAAAUUGUGUCGAGAGUUGUUGGAGACAGUGUAAAUUUUCUGAUUCCCUGGAGUGAUUCCACUUAUUCAGCUCUUCUGGAUAUGUUCUUGGGAAAAUUGUGUCAACUGACGAACUUUAAUACACUCACCACGGUGCUCUUGGCAAAAUUUGUUCAGGGUGACUUUAUACAACUUUUUUAUGCCAUACGAACAAUUUGUCCUAAACUGUUUAUUGGUUUUAUGGAUGUGAUGAUACAUCUCAAUCAUGAGAUGUAUGCCAUUAUUGAGACACUGUGUCGUUUGGGCAAUAGCUUGUGUGAUAGACAACUUAGGAGGCAAUUGUGUAUAAGGAUAACAGAGAAAUACCAUCAGCCGACCGAUUGGCAGCCAAAUACCGUACAGUUACUUCUUCAAUCAGAUCUCCCUGCAUUCCUGCGAGACCACCACAAAUUCCUCUGUCGAUUGUGCAACAGCGAGAUGCAUGCCAAUGGGAUUUUAGCUCUCGUUGCUGUUUGUCACACGGAAUUCCACUCUAUUGCUAUUGACAAUGAAAUAUUAAAAUUGAUCGAUAAAUCACACCAUUCCACAAUGGUGCUCUGCUUGCGGAUGCUACUUGGAAAAUUUUUGGCUCACCCAAGCAAAUCAGUGCAACAGCGUGCACUUGCGAUAACUGUCGACAAACUGGACAUGCUCAGAGCCAAUGCAACCACUGAGAUGUACCACAAUUUGCCACUUAAUGAACUUAGUGCUAUCGUUGAUGAUUGUAGGCGAGAGAAUUUGCCCAAACGCUUUCCCACACUCUUCCAUGAUCUCCAGGGGAUCCUCCACAGUGUUAUUGAUGACAGGCAGGUGGUACCUACUACAUCGACAGUUGGAGAUGUCCUGAGAACCAAUGUGGAUGAACAGUGGUAUAGUCAACAGAUAUUGCACCACAUGCGUGUUGGAUAUAAUAGAGCGGGACUUGUGGCAAAAUUGCUGAUGGAGAUAAAAUCUGAAAUGCGUCUAUCCUCAUUGAUUACAGCACGGGAAUUUUCCAGUAAUUUUCUAAGUGCCUGUCUCAGGGUAGCAUUUGAUACCAUGCAACGAGCAUUUCAGAUGGACUGUGUACAACAUAGUCCACAUAUGACUUACCUCAAAGUGCCGCCACUCCUUAAGUUCAUUCAGCGUCGUCUUGAAAUGGACCUGAUGAAAUUGACUGAUGAUUUUGGGGGCGAUGAAAUGGCACAUGAUCAAAGCUUUCGUGUAUGCCUUGAGGCAGCGACAUGCUUCAUUGAAAAUGUAUCAGAGACGGAACGUAUUUGUCUUAUAUAUGUCGAUGGCAGACAAGUGGAGAAGUAUAUUGGGGAAAAUCUGUUGCGUCCUCCACUAUGUGCGGUACUCCUUAGUUUCGCCACACGUCCUGUCUUAACCACAUUGAACCACAUGAGACAUCACCAUGGCCUCUUAUCUGCCCAUGUGGACUUCACUGGGGUAGAAAAAUGCUUGAAGUAUAUUAAAGUUGUCCUACACCACCCACGAAUAUGGCAAGAAUUUGAUUCAAUUGACAAAUACCAUGAAGAACUGAGGGCAAUUAUUGAGUUAAUCCGCAUAUUUUUAACUGACAUACUGCAGAGUACAAAGUUUCUCCGUCACCAUUCUGAUCCGGACAUAUUUUUCAGCGUGGGUGAAGAUGAGCGUACUAAUGGGAUUAGAAGGAUGUAUAUGGAUGCCAUUUUUGUGGCACGAUUUAUUGAAGAGGAGAGGGAUAUUGUCAAUUGUUGCAUGAUUGCUAAACGAGGUAGGGUUGUCAAUACUCUACGAGUGCUGUCUGAAAUAGCUACCGCGAUUCUUCGAGUGGGUGCCCUCUAUCCCAUAGCGAUGACCCCUUUUAUUUUACUCCAUGACAUGGGUCCCCUAGCUGUCGAGUAUCCACCGAAACGAUGUCCAAUUCCAUCAAUUCCGAUCGAACAACUCAAUGAUUCUGAACUUCUGCCAAAAUUUAUAUCGAGACUCAAUUUAAUUGGAUUUUCCACAAGACAACAAUUUGAGGAGAUUUUCAUGUCACUCCUCGUGCUCCUCAAUAGCGUCGCUGAUCCUCAGCUUGUUGAUGCUCACGAGGAAUAUUUCAUUAAAACAAUGUGCCUUGGAGCAAUUUCGGAAUUGUUGGUCACAUGCAAAAUGUUUCCGCGAAUAGGAUUUCGUAAAGGUGAAUUUCACCAUUCACCCCGAGUCGACAGAAUAAAAGUGGAUAAUAUAGGUGUAAAAAAACUACAUAAGAUUCUCUGUCUGAUACCGGGACCUAAUGUGUUCUACCAUGGGAAUUUAGAGAGGAAUUUACUAUGUGACAGAGUCAAUGGUACCCAAGCUUUUGCACCUAAUCAAUUUAGCAUGAAUUUCAUUUGGCAAAUUGUUGAGGAAAAUGUUGUGGAGAUGGAUACAACACUCAAAAGUGUGAAUUACUUUGUGGAUCAAUGUGGAAUCGACUUUAGGAGUACAGUUCAAUUAAUUUUUGAUGUUUUUGCUCAACUGAUCGAUCAACAGUGCACACAAACUUUAGUAAAUGUAGCAAAAUUGAGUGAUAUCUGUGAGAAUAGGGAUCAAUGCAAAUGGAUUAAGAAUACAAUGCAACAACUUCAGGAGAGGAUACCACUGGAGAACACUGUGGCACAUCAAUAUAUAAUUUAUCUUCUCUGCAAAUCACAUGCAAUUCUUGUACCAUCGUUGAGUGAUUUGGCAAAUUUAUGCUCUAUAAUUCCUACAUAUCUGAAGAGUACCCAUGUUUUUGUCCGAAAUGCAGCUCUUAAUGGGCUCCUGUGCCUUCUGGAGAGUGCUAUAAAUACUAACACAAGUAUUGGCGCUCUCAGCGAAGAGAUAAUUCUCCUGCGGAACAUUGCAAUCAGCUACAUCAAUAGGAAUGGGGUCACUGAUGAGAGUGUCUAUUCAUAUAGUGAUAUGCACACAAAACUCGUCUGGACGCUAACAUUCUAUUUAAUAGAGAAGACAUCCAAAUUCGUGCCUGAUUGCACUCUCUUGUCCAAUCUCAUUAUAUCCGGAAAUAAUAUUCUAAAGAGAACGACAAACCUCCAUCAGUAUUUGUGUAUUGUUCACGGCAUGCAACGUCUGGUAAUCACUAACUCGGUAGAAAAGGUUUAUCGGGAAAAAAUUGAGAAAAUCUCGCUCGAUUUAGUUAAAUGUGACAAUGAAGAGUUUUCAAUACCAGCUCUGAAACUACUAAUUUCCUGCAUGUAUAUCGGAUCAUCCAGUCAAUUGGAAAACACAGAACACUCAAAUGGAAUUGUCCAAGAUGAACCUGAAGUGAUUGUGCAAUCAACUGAAAAAAUUGAUGUGCUCUUCCUGAAGAUUAAGUCAUCAACUCCUGAGGCAGCAAGUAUUAUAGGAGAUGUCCUAUGCCAAAUAACAAGAGACCUUCUCCCACCAAAUGAGAUACUCACGAAAGUUAUCAAGGAGCUGCUGUCUCUCACUCAGCCACAUGGAGCUGUUGUGGCUAAGAUUGUAUUUCAGGUAUUUCGAUCUGCAAUUGAUUCUGCGUACAUGGCACUCCUUCAGGACUGGCUCAUUUGCUCGCUACCUAAUUUUGUGACGUUGCCACCAGCAAAUGCGGUUUCUUGCUUGAGCGUUAUCUUCGUGUCGGCUUCAUUAAACUUGAAUCUGAUAAAGAUUUUCCCUGAAAUCCUCGAGAAUUUUGGCACGCUUGGAUGUCGCGAGGAGUAUAUAUUUCAUGAGGCCACUCGAGAUUUCUAUGGGAGGCUGAGUGUGGAGCAGAAGGACAAAUUCCGCAGUGUUUUCUUUAAGCAUGAAUCAUCCAUUUAUGCAAAUAUGCUCAAGAAUUUAUAAUUCUUUUUCCAUUCUAUCCAUAUUUAACAAUUUCAGCCAACUUGAGCAUUUUUCCAUUAGAUCCACUCACCAGAUUAAAAGUAUUUUCCAUAGUCCAUAAUGUGCAUACUUUUCCGCACGACCAGUGUGUGGGUGGAGAUCUCUAUAAAAAUUGUUGUACAUUGGAAAGCAGCCCCUGAAUACUAAAUUGUACUAUUGUAGGCUUGAUAUAAUGUGAAUAGCAGGGGAAGGCUGAAAAAUAUAUAUGACUAUGUGUUUUAUGAAA